CCACCACCAACACCAGCACCACCACGUUUGCGUCGUCGUCGUUCAGCACAACGUUGAGCGAUGCCUCUCGCAUCGUCCGGGUUCCGCGCCCUCAGGGGGGCGCAGGCCCACUUCUUCCCGUCAGGCGGGACUACACAAGCUGCUGCUAGUGCUCGGGCCAUACACAUACCAGCCCACACACCCCGGUCAGCCUCCAAUGCACAAACAAUCUUCAAGCAGACCAAGACCAUCCUCUCGCGCUUUGUCGCCCACCUCACUACGCCAGGCACUCUUCGUGCACCCGUCGACGUCGUCGCAGGAGCUUCGCGCGCGCGCGCAUUCCAUGGCGCAGGAGGCCGCAUGCCGAGCAUCCAGGAGCGCAUGUCCUACCCCGCGCGCACUUUCCUGUCCAGGCCGCCUACAGUACCGUUCUUGCCCCGCGCCCCAGGCGUACCCCGCAACAUGACACAGGUCGGACUUGGGACCGCGCGCAACUUCUCGACAGGCCGGCCGGUCUUCCAACACCUAGCUGAGAACGUGCCGAUCUUUGCGCGCGCGCUCAGCGAGGCCGAUUGGACGGUGCGCAUGCAGGAGGAGAAGGAACGCAUGAGGCUGGAGAAGGCGAAGGCAAAGGCGCACGCGAAGGCGGCGAGGAAGGCACAGGCGCCGCUGCGCUCGCUCAACCCCACCAAGGCCGUCCCGACCGCGAGCGUCGUCGAGUCUUCCAACGAGGAGCUCGACUGCUACUUCCCGGUCGCACCGGCGCCCGAGGUGACCACGCACCUGCUCAUCCCCCUCGCACCCACCCCGACCUCUCGCCUCCCCCUGUCGCUCAACCCCUCGACGUCUUCGCGGCCCCUCCUCCCGCUCGAGCUCAUCGCCUCUAUGCACACUUCUCAUGGGGUGCAUGCACUGCGUGUUUCGACACUCUUCGCGCGGCUCGACACGGCGCACGUCUUCGACGAUCCCGGCAUUCAGUGCGAAGCUCGCGGAGACCCGAGCGGUCUCUGCACGGUGCUCGAAGUCCGCUUCCAAGGCUGGACGGAGAACCGCGUCCGCGCCGUCCUCGGCGAAGCCGGCACCGGCUGGUGCGUGCUCGAGGAAGUAUGGCACGACCAGGAGCGCAUCGAGGCGGCCGAGAUGGACGCAGCGCUGGAAACCCUCAGCUCGAGCGAGUCCGAGGCGGAGUCCCACACUGGGUUUGCGUCGCUCUCCGGGGUGUCGGACAUGAACGGGAGCUGGGGGGGCUCGUCUGGCGGUAUCGACCCCGCGCGCUCGUUCGUGCUGCCCACCCUCGACUUUUCCGCGUCGUUCCCGGCUCCGUCGUGGUCGUCGCCGGCCCCUGCCGCAUCUACGCCCAUGGCCGACCUCCAGUUCCACAACGAGUGGUCGGAGAUCGAGGACGGGUUCAGUUCCCCAGGUAGCUUCGACUACGACAUGAACUCGGACGACGGUUCGAUCAGCUCUGCGUGGUCCGAGGCUCUGCGCCCUGUCACCGGGGUGGAGGAGAAUUGGUUCGGGUUCAGCUCGCGAUUCUCGGAGAGAAUGCGCGCAUCUGAUGGGCCGCGCGAGGAGGUGUUCUAGACAGGAUGUGUUCUAGUUUUUGACAUGCUUUGAUUUGUUCUCUCCGCUGGCUAGUUUGGGAUGCCGUAUCACACUCUUUGUUAUCACGACCCCUUGUACGAUUUCCUAGUUCCGUCACUCUAAUACAUACGACGUUAUUGAC